AUGGUGGCCAAAUACCUAGCCGUGUUCGCGCUUUUCUGGGCGGCGUACGCCGCUCCCGAAGCGCGUAUCGUGGGCGGCGAGAUGACGACGAUCGAGGAUUUCCCGUACAUAUCGGCGUUCAUCUACUACUACCCCGGCCCCGGCAUCUACGUGCAGCGCUGCGUCGGCUCCAUCGUCUCCUCCUGGCACAUCCUGACUACCGCCUUCUGUUUCACAGGUGCAGAUCUAAACAACAUGUUCCUCCGAGUGGGCUCAACGAACAGCAUGAGCGGGGGGGAGCUCGCCUACAUCCGCGACGUGAUCAAGCACCCCGAGUACGUGGAGGCCCCCCGGCAGGGGGACAUCGCGGUGGUCACACUGCAGGACCCCCUGCGCAUGUCAGCCACCGUCGGCGUGCUGUUUAUACCCCCGCAGGGAACCUACAUCCCCGAUUAUACCGCUGUGAAGAUCGUUAGCUGGGGUUUUGAAACGGAAAAUGGUCCACAACUGGAGAUACUAAAGACGAUCCAACUGAACAAAAUCCCGCUGGAAGAGUGCGUGGAAAGCUACAAGGACGUGGACGCUGUCGCUAUCGAUGAUCCGGUAAUCUGCGCCAGUCGCGAGGGCAACUACGGCGUGUGCAACGGCGACUCGGGCGCGCCGAUGGUGGUCGGGCAGGUCGUGGUAGGCCUGUCCUCCUUUUACAAGGAGUGCGGUAAUGCCGCCUACCCUGACGUGUUCACCAGGAUUGACAGGUAUAGCGACUGGAUCCUGAGCGUGGCUGUCGCGCCGACGAGCAAUGGCACUGUUGUGAAGACUGCUAGAGUGUACUAA